GUGCGGGGCGGAGCCGCACGGCGGGCGGGCUUGUGUGUCGUGAGCUUCCGCGCGGGCGGGUCCCGGGCCUCGCGCGGCGGUUCCACGAGCUCGGCCCCCUCGCUCCUUCCCUCCGCGUGUGGGUUCCGGGUCCCGGCGGGGUCGCGCUGCAGCCGGACGCACAGGAAGGUGAAGAAUUGAAUGUCACCAUGUCUGGAAUCAAGCGAACGAUUAAAGAAACCGACCCUGAUUAUGAGGAUGUGUCUGUGGCCCUUCCAAAUAAGCGGCAUAAAGCGAUUGAGAGUUCAGCUCGAGAUGCAGCUGUGCAGAAAAUUGAGACUAUUAUUAAGGAGCAGUUUGCUCUUGAAAUGAAGAAUAAGGAACAUGAGAUCGACGUCAUUGACCAGCGACUGAUUGAAGCCAGAAGGAUGAUGGAUAAGCUCCGUGCCUGCAUUGUAGCAAACUAUUACGCUUCUGCCGGUCUUCUGAAGGUUUCUGAGGGAUUAAAGACAUUUGAUACAAUGGCUUUUAAUCACCCUGCUAUCAAGAAAUUUUUGGAAUCACCUUCUAGGUCAUCAUCUCCUACCAAUCAGAGAUCAGAAACACCAUCUGCCAAUCAUUCUGAAAGUGACUCACUGUCUCAACACAAUGACUUCCUGUCUGACAAAGACAAUAACAGCAACAUGGACGUGGAGGAGAGACUCUCCAGCUCCGUGGAGCAGAGAUCCAGCCGGAAUCCUGGAAGGGACACUUCUAGUGUUAGUGGCUCCCACAAAAGGGAACUACGGAAUGCUGACCUCACAGGAGAUGAGACUUCUCGGCUUUUUGUAAAGAAAACUAUAGUAGUAGGCAACGUGUCCAAGUACAUACCUCCAGAUAAGCGGGAAGAAAAUGACCAGUCAACCCAUAAGUGGAUGGUGUAUGUCCGAGGGUCCCGGAGAGAACCCAGCAUUAAUCACUUUGUCAAGAAAGUUUGGUUUUUUCUUCAUCCGAGCUAUAAACCAAACGACCUUGUGGAAGUUAGAGAGCCCCCUUUUCAUCUGACUAGAAGAGGCUGGGGUGAGUUUCCUGUGAGAGUGCAAGUUCACUUUAAGGACAGCCAGAACAAGCGGAUAGAUAUCAUACACAAUCUGAAGCUGGAUAGAACCUACACUGGCUUACAAACCCUGGGUGCGGAGACGGUAGUGGAUGUUGAGCUUCAUCGGCAUUCUCUUGGCGAAGACUACAUUUAUCCUCAGUCAUCUGAGUCAGACAUAUCUGAUGCCCCUCCAUCUUUGACCAUUCCAGCCCCAGUGAAAGCUUCCCCAGUGGCACGGUCCCCUGAGCCGGCGUCUGCUGCCCCUGUGGGAGAAGGAUUCCCAGACAACCCAGAAGCUGAGAGACACCCUACAUUUUAUUCUUUACCAUCUUCGUUGGAAAGAACACCCACCAAGGUGACAACAGCACAGAAAGUUACCUUUUGUUCACAUGGCAAUUCUGCCUUCCAACCAAUUGCAUCAAGCUGCAAAAUCGUGCCCCAAAACCAGGCACCCAAUCCUGAGUCACCUGGAAAGUCCUUUCAGCCCAUCACCAUGAGCUGUAAGAUUGUCUCAGGUUCUCCAAUAUCAACUCCAAGUCCAUCACCAUUGCCUCGCACCCCAACUUCCACUCCCGUUCAUGUGAAGCAAGGUACUACCAGCUCUGGUAUAAAUAACCCUCAUGUUAUUGUGGAUAAGCCCGCACAGGUUAUUGGAGCCUCCGCUCCGAGUGCAGGAAGUCCUACAAGCAAGCUCCCAGUGGCCUCUCAGGUUUCCCAAGGAACAGGGUCCCCUGUUCCUAAAAUUCAUGGAAGUAGUUUCUUAACAUCUACGGUCAAGCAGGAGGAUUCUUUAUUUGCAUCUAUGCCACCUCUUUGCCCAAUCGGCAGUCACCCUAAAGUGCAAAGCCCCAAAGCUGUAACUGGAGGACUUGGAGCUUUCACAAAGGUGAUCAUCAAACAGGAACCUGGGGAAGCCCCUCAUGUGUCCACCACAGGAGCUGCCAACCAAUCACCAUUCCCUCAGUAUGUGACUGUGAAAGGGGGUCACAUGAUAGCUGUAUCCCCUCAAAAACAGGUCAUAAGUGCUGGAGAAGGGACGACUCAGUCCCCAAAGAUUCCGCCCUCCAAGGUUGUUGGCGUGCCUGUGGGCUCUACCUUACCUUCCACAGUGAAGCAGGCUGUGGCAAUCAGUAGUGGCCAAAUCCUUGUCGCCAAGGCCAGUUCUUCUGUCACCAAGACAGUUGGUCCAAAGCAAGUGGUCACCCAAGGAGUUGCCAAAGCAAUCGUGAGUGGAGGUGGAGGGACCAUUGUUGCUCAGCCAGUACAGACCUUAACCAAGACCCAGGUCACAGCUGCUGGCCCACCGAAGAGUGGCUCCCAGGGCUCAGUAAUGGCAACAUUGCAGCUACCAGCCACUAAUUUGGCCAACUUGGCAAAUUUGCCUCCAGGCACUAAACUGUACCUUACCACAAACAGCAAGAACCCCUCAGGAAAAGGGAAGCUGCUGCUAAUUCCUCAAGGAGCCAUCCUGCGAGCUACCAACAAUGCCAACCUCCAGUCUGGCUCGACUGCUGCUGCCGGUGGCAGCGGCAGCAGCAGUGGUGGUGCAGGAGGGGGAGGCAGUGGAGGUGGCGGCGGUGGCAGCGGAGCAGGAGGAACCCCAAGCACCACUGGCCCAGGAGGGGUAUCCCAGCACCUGACUUACACAUCCUACAUCCUCAAGCAAACUCCCCAGGGUACAUUCUUAGUUGGACAACCAUCACCCCAGACACCUGGAAAACAGUUGACUACUGCAUCAGUUGUUCAAGGAACACUGGGAGUGAGCUCAUCCUCUGCACAGGGACAACAGACAUUGAAAGUCAUCUCUGGACAGAAAACCACUUUGUUUACACAGGCAGCUACGGCUGGGCAGGCCUCACUGGUGAAGUUACCUGACAACACCCUGAAGUCUGUGCCAGCAGCUUCACAACUUGCCAAGCCUGGGACCACGAUGCUGCGUGUGUCGGGAGGGGUGAUCACGGCUGCUCCCUCCCCUGCUGUGACCUUCUCAGCCAAUGGAGCUGCACAUCAGCCUGAAGCAUCAGCCACUGUGUCAUCCUCUGUUGGUUCUAUAAUCAAAACUCCUGGGCAGCCACAAGUGUGUGUGAGCCAGGCCACCAUGGGCACUUGCAAGGGUACAGCUCCCUCUGUCAGUGCAGCAUCCCUGGUGUCCACACCAAGCUCCAUCCCUGGGAAAGCCACAGUGUCAGGAUUGUUGAAGAUUCAUUCUGGUCAGUCCAAUCCCCAGCAGGCUGUCCUGACAAUUCCCAGUCAACUCAAGCCACUAAGCAUCAACACCUCCGGUGGCGUGCAGACUGUCCUGAUGCCUGUGAAUAAAGUGGUUCAGUCAUUUUCCACCAGCAAAUUGCCUACCGUCCUGCCCAUUGGUGUCCCAAAUCCAGCUGCCCCUAACUCUGCUCCAGUAGCUAUUGCAAAAGUGAAGACUGAACCAGAAACCCCUGGGCCAAACUGCCUCUCCCAGGAGGUCCAGACAGCAGUGAAAACUGAAGAGAGCUCUGAACUGGGCACCUACGUCAUUAAGGUGGACCAUUUGGAGACUAUCCAGCAGCUCUUGACAGCAGUAGUCAAGAAGAUCCCGUUAAUUACUGCGAAAGGUGAAGAUGCCAGCUGUUUUUCUGCCAAGUCUGUGGAGCAGUAUUAUGGCUGGAACAUUGGGAAAAGGAGAGCUGCUGAGUGGCAAAGAGCAAUGACAGUACGAAAAGUGUUACAAGAAAUACUGGAGAAGAAUCCAAGAUUCCACCACCUGACACCCCUAAAAACCAAGCACAUUGCUCACUGGUGCCGCUGCCACGGUUACACUCCACCAGACCCUGAGAGCCUGCGCCAUGAUGGGGACUCCAUUGAAGAUGUGCUGACCCAAAUUGACAGUGAGCCAGAGUGCCUGUCAUCCUUCUCUACUGCCGACGACCUCUGCCGGAAGCUGGAGGAUCUGCAGCAGUUUCAGAAAAGGGAGCCUGAGAACGAGGAAGAAGUGGACAUCCUCAGCCUCUCAGAGCCCUUGAAGACGACCAUUAAAAAGGAGCAGGAAGAAAAACAGGAAGAAAUGAGAUUCUACCUACCGCCAACUCCAGGCUCGGGAUUUGUUGGUGACAUUACACAGAAGAUUGGGAUCACCCUGCAGCCCGUGGCACUGCACAGGAACAUGUACGCAUCCGUGGUAGAGGACAUGAUCUUAAAGGCCACGGAGCAGCUGGUGAGUGACAUCCUGAGACAGGCGCUGGCAGUUGGAUACCAGACGGCAUCUCCCAACAGGGUUCCCAAAGAAAUCACAGUGAGUAAUAUUCACCAGGCCAUUUGCAACAUUCCUUUUCUGGAUUUUCUCACAAACAAGCACAUGGGGAGACUGAACGAGGAUCAGUGAACACAGUGAAGAUGGUCCCCGAAGAGCAGGAUGGGAAGCUGUGUCUGAAGUAUGAGGACUGUGGUGACGCUUGUGUUUGGGGAAAGGUGGUUUUCUGUGCGGUAGAAGGCCAUGGCUACCAUACCAUUCCUUCUGUGUAACUGCGUGUAUCGCAAGGGCAUUGAGUCCCGGGUGCAGCCCUUUCAAGACUGAAUUGUUUCCCAAUUCUGGAGGGAAGCUGAAUGGACACAACUUUGUCAGCUUGUAUUUCUCAGUGUGAGACAAGGCAUAUACACAAGGUGCUCCCUCUUUGGUGUGUGCUUGGGUUCACAUGGGGCCCACUUUCCAGAAGGCGGAGAUAAAUCUGAUGCUGGCCUAGGGUACUCUAAAGAAGAACAGCAAGGACGUACCUUCUCCUACCUUGGCUGCACUCUUGGCCAGUGUGAGUCAGCUACAGAAGGGGUAGUAUGCCAUGUGGAAAGUCAGAGACCAAGGCGGCUUCAGACUGAGACUUUCUCAUGGAACCCCAAUGCCAGUGCUUCUGUGACAGCCAGUGUCAAAGCACUGUUGAGAAUCCCAGCAGAGAUCAGAAGGCAUCAAGCCUGUGCUCAUGAAACCCAGGAAACUAUCACUGUUGGUGUAAGCAUCAUCUACAGAGUCCGGCACUUGGCCUGUGGUAAUAUGAGCACUGGGUCCUCAUAUCCUUGAUGGCUGCAGAAGCUUUUCCUGCUGCCUCAUGUCUAGGGGCUGGGGAAGCAGCCUCAGGGCAAACCUUCCUGGGAUUGUCCCCUUGGUGGACCUAGGGUCCUGUCCUUCUCUGCCAAAGAGUUAUCCAGAUGAAAAGGGUUGAAACACCUGUGAGUGCCUUACCGUGGGCAAGAACUGCUCUAACCCAGUGUGCCAGUACUAGAGUUGCUCUGUGAGAGACAGAUUGGAGGUUGGUAUAUAAGCACAGAGUCUGCAGACACUAGGGCCUCUCCAGGCCUAUUCACUCUUGUGGGGGCAAAGGAAAGACCUUAGUUCCAGUUGGAAACAUUCUCUUACUCUGCUCAAAGCAAACUUGAAAGGUCUGAGUCAAAGUCAAAGACACUUAGGUAAGCAACAGAAAAUCUGUUCUCCCAGGUCCCGUAGAUUGGUGUGUGAGUCAGGAAACAGCGGGAAGGUAGCUGGAUAAAAUAGGACUGAGAGCUACAGGUACAGAAGGGAUCUUUCCAGCAGGAACAGGACGAGCAUGGCUUAACGGAAUAGUUGGUAUAUAAGCCUUAAGAAUUUGGUCUGGAGACCACCCAGCAGAUUGAUAGGCCCACACACAGAUGUCUUUAGAAGUGGACGGAGACCUACUUGGUAGGUUAUUCAGAUGAGAGCAGAUUCAUUUGUUGUGAUGAAAACCUAAAGAAUUUGCUUUUUGCUAAAGAAAUAUCAAAUGAUUUAAGAGUCUCUGUGUAUGUUAAUGUUUCAAGUGUUUUUCUAUUAUAAUGUGUAACAUAAUUGUGUAUCAUUUUGUCUACAAUAAAACUUUUAGUAUUUGUGA